AGUUUGCAGAGUUUCGAUUUUGUAAAUAACAGUUGCACCGUUGUUGCGUCAUGUAAGUAACUUCGACAUAUAAUUUUUUAAAUAUCAGUAGCCGAGCUGCUUACAAAUUAUCGUUUUUAACAAACAAAUUUGAUCACUCGCCCAUUCGAAUCAAGUAAAUCGUUUAAACCAUUUUCUUUUUCGUAUAACAAAUAAUACGAGUGGACAAGUGAAACCAACAAAAUGAUGCUAGCUAGAGUUUGUCGAGUCGGCCUCUCGCCGACUCUAGUGAGUUUUAUAAAAACUCCUAUUGUGCCCAAACCCAUGUUAACUAAAAUUCAACCUUCGAGAUUGUUUGCCAACGAUGGACGUACCGCUUUUACGAGAACCGCACGUAGAAACCAGACUGUUGCAGAAAAAUUGGCUCAACCAGCUACCGAAACACCAUUUAACGUUGGAAAGAUUAUACUCGCUGGUGCUUCCGCAUUUGGAUUGGGCUCCCUUUGUUACUAUGGAUUGGGACUUGAUAGCAGGGCAGGAGCCAUAGAUCAAAUGCACUUUUGGCCUCAGUACGUAAAAGAAAGAAUUAGAACGACUUACAUGUAUUUUGGUGGAUCUGUCAUUAUUACAGCAGCAUCUGCCGCUUUAUGUUUACGAUCCCCUGCUAUGAUGAAUUUGGUAACUCGUCAAGGAUGGCUCGCUAUUAUUGGCACAAUGAUGGCAAUGAUUGGGAGCGGUAUAGUGGCACAAAGCAUUCCUUAUAAAGAAGGUUUGGGGAUAAAACAAUUGGCAUGGAUGGUUCAUGCUGGUAUAAUCGGUGCUGUUAUCGCACCAAUAUGCUUAAUGGGUGGCCCGUUGUUAAUGAGAGCCGCCUUGUACACCUCCGGUGUAAUAGGUGGAUUAUCAACUGUAGCUAUGUGUGCACCCAGCGAUAAAUUCUUAAAAAUGGCAGGACCUCUUUCUAUUGGUUUGGGAGUGGUAUUUGUCAGUUCAUUGGGAACGCUUUUCUUACCACCUACUACUGCUAUAGGUGCUAGUCUUUAUUCUCUAUCUAUAUACGGUGGAUUAAUACUUUUCUCAAUGUUCCUCUUGUAUGACACUCAAAAUAUUAUAAAGGAUGCACAAGUAUAUCCUGUUUACCAUGACAAGAGUAUAAGACCGUAUGAUCCAAUUAAAAAUGCUAUUUCGAUUUAUUUGGACACGCUGAAUAUCUUUCUGAGAAUCUUGACGAUUUUAUCGAAUGGUGGAUCCAACAGGCGAAAAUAAAUUCCCUAAUAGGAUAAUCCUUCCUAUACUAUAAUUAAAUUAUUUCAGUAUCCGAUGUAACAUCCCAUUUACGUACGAUGCAUAAUAUUAAAAUACUUAAUUAAACGAUAACAUUAAAAUGCUUUAUUUAAA